AGUGAGAAAAAGGCAAGAGAAAAGUAAGAAAUAAAAAGUAGAAAAUAUAAUAUAUAAAUUGAGAAAAUAAACAAAAAAAAAAACAACAAUCGUGUAAUACACGCCACAAGUUAUAAACCAAAUUACGUGAUUUGCCUGCGUUUUUUUUAUUAUUCGCUACGUUAUUUACAUAUAUCUUUAUUGCCUUCGUGCUGCCUUCACGCUGCUGAGCAUCGCCGCGAACGCGCCUCGUGGCUAAGACAGCUGUUUUGAAGCUGUCAGAAGAAGCUAAAGCUAAACUUAAACGACAACAAUAACGAAAGCAAGGCAAAAUACAACACAGCAUCGAUUCCGAAUAUGAAGUUCGUCGCUUAAGUCUUUUGUUUCAUUCCGCGCGCGAAUCUCUGCACGCGCUUCAACACAAAUAAAAAUACAAAUAAAAAAGAUCAACGAAACACAGUGCACAGAUAACAUAAGAUUGAAAAUAAAACGCGAUUGUUUACUAGCCAAACCAGAGAGGGCAAACCUGUUGUGCAACUAUUUCUAGCGUUAAAACACAUUCAUAUAUUAUAUAUAUUCAUAUAUAUUCGACUCCUCCGCGCCGGCUCCUUAAAAGUACAUCCCGUGCAUAAAACAAGAAGAGAGAGAAAGAGAGACAAAAAAGAGUGUGAUCAACAAAAAUUAUCAGCAGAAGCAUCUUUUUUCCAUAAUGGCGCCCAAGAAAGAGUCAACGUUGAAUCAACAACAACAACAACAGCAGCAAAAUGGACAGCCAAAUGGACAGGCACAGCCUGCCAUGGAUCUCGAAAGGAUUAAACGACAUUUCAGCUGGUCGGAUUCAAGUGCCAUCAUCUCCACAGACUCCGUUAUGACGACGGCCACAAACAACGAUGGCGGCACACAGCCCAAUUCGGUGGCUGUUUGGGGCGCACCCGCUGCUGGGCCGCGCAACACACAGGCCGCAGUCUCUGUGCGGCACGCCUUUAAGGCCUAUGGCAAGAAGAAGAACGCCAACCAAGUGCUCAACAAUUUGAAUAUGACAGUGCCCAAGGGCACAAUUUAUGGCCUGCUGGGUGCUUCCGGUUGCGGCAAGACCACGCUGCUCUCCUGCAUUGUGGGUCGUCGUCGCAUGGACUCCGGCGAGAUCUUUGUGCUCGGCGGCAAGCCAGGCACUCGAGGAUCGGGUGUGCCCGGCAAGCGUGUGGGUUACAUGCCCCAGGAGAUUGCGCUGUAUGGCGAGUUCUCCAUUCAGGAGACAAUGAUGUAUUUCGGCUGGAUCUUUGGCAUGGAGACUAAAGAGAUCUUGGAGCGUUUGCAGUUUCUCCUCAACUUCCUCGAUCUGCCAUCGGAGAAGCGUCUGGUAAAGAAUCUCAGCGGUGGUCAGCAGCGUCGUGUUAGCUUCGCUGUGGCUCUGAUGCAUGAUCCCGAGCUGUUGAUUCUCGAUGAGCCAACGGUGGGCGUGGAUCCUUUGCUGCGUCAGAGCAUCUGGAAUCAUUUGGUGCACAUCACCAAGGCCGGACAGAAGACGGUGAUCAUUACCACACAUUACAUCGAGGAAGCUCGCCAGGCACACACUAUUGGUUUGAUGCGCUCGGGACAUUUGCUGGCCGAGGAAUCGCCCAGCGUGCUGCUCUCGAUGUACAAGUGCAUCAGCCUCGAGGAGGUCUUCUUGAAGCUGUCGCGCAUCCAAAGCCAAAAGGGCGAUGUUACCCACGUCAACUUCAGUAACAACAUCUCGUUGCAUGCCAUGGCCUUUGGCAGUAAAAUGGAUAAGCCAAGCUCCAGUCAGGAGGGCGGCGUCGUCGGUCUCAACUUCCACCAGAGCAAGGAGAUGCUUGUCAACGACAGCAAUGGCUCCAUUUACACAUUGAAUCAGGAACCUUAUAGUCCGCCACCAUCGAAGCGACAACAGAACAAUCCCAACGAUGAGGAGAGCUGCCAGGAUUGCUUUGCCGAUCUCUGCAAGGUGACAUCGAAGGGCAAAAUCCGUGCUCUGCUCACCAAGAAUAUGCUGCGCAUGUGGCGUAAUGUGGGCGUGAUGCUCUUCAUCUUCGCGUUGCCCGUGAUGCAGGUCAUACUCUUCUGUUUGGCCAUUGGCCGUGAUCCACAAGGCUUGAAUCUGGCCAUUGUCAACAACGAAAUGAACAAUACGGACACUUGCUACUGGGAGGAUGGUUGUCACUUUGCCAACUUGGGUUGUCGCUAUCUGAAUCAUCUGAAUACGAGCGUGGUUAAAACAUACUAUACGGACAUAGAAGAUGCCAAGGAUGCAGUACGUCGAGGCGAUGCUUGGGGUGCUGUCUACAUCACGGAGAACUUCACGGAUGCCUUCACAGCUCGUGCUGCCUUGGGACGUGAUUCGGAUGAUGAGACCAUUGAACAAUCGGAGGUUAAAGUGUGGCUGGAUAUGUCCAAUCAACAGAUUGGCGUCAUGCUCAAUCGCGACAUUCAGCUGGCUUAUCGUGACUUUGCCAUGGGUCUGUUGGGACAGUGUGGCAACAAUCCCAAGCUCGGCGAUGUGCCAAUUCAAUUCCGUGAGCCCAUCUAUGGCACCAUGAAUCCAUCCUUUACCGACUUUGUGGCACCUGGCGUCAUAUUGACCAUUGUGUUCUUCUUGGCUGUUGCAUUGACGUCAUCGGCACUGAUUAUCGAACGCACUGAGGGUUUGCUGGAUCGUUCUUGGGUUGCUGGUGUCUCACCUGGUGAGAUUCUCUUCUCCCAUGUCAUCACACAGUUUGUGGUCAUGUGCGGUCAGACGGCGUUGGUGCUCAUCUUCAUGCUGGUUGUCUUUGGUGUGACCAACAACGGCGAAUUGUUCUGGGUGAUUGUGUUGACGCUGCUGCAGGGCAUGUGCGGCAUGUGCUUUGGUUUCCUCAUCUCCUCCGUCUGCGAACUGGAACGCAAUGCUAUUCAGCUGGCGCUGGGCUCCUUCUAUCCUACGCUCCUGCUCUCGGGCGUCAUUUGGCCCAUUGAGGGCAUGCCUGUGGUGCUCAGAUACAUCUCGCUGUGCCUGCCUUUGACGCUGGCCACAUCGUCGCUGCGCUCGAUUCUGACGCGUGGUUGGGCGAUAUUCGAGUCCGAUGUGUAUAUUGGUUACCUGAGCACGCUGUCCUGGAUCCUGGGCUUCCUGGUGCUGACGCUGCUCGUGCUGCGCGCCAAGCGCGGCUAGAAAGCUCUUACAUUGUAGUGAAACUAAUUAUAAAUGUUUACGUUUAGUUUCCCUUUUAGGACUAGGACUUUAGGCCGCUUUAAGUAGUCAUCCUUCUACUUCCUGUUUUAUUUUUGUGUGUAGUUGUUUAAAUUGUCCUUUUGUCCUAGACGAGUUUCCUAAUUGUUUGCUUUCUCUCUUUCUUCGUCUAUUUCUGUCUCUUUUUCUCACCCACCUCUCUCGAUUUGCAAAAAAACAAAAAUGUCAUAAAUUAUUUAAGCACAUAUGCGAUUUUCUCUCUUUUUCCCCUUCUUAUAUAUUAUAUAUAUUUUCCAUUAUUUCCUUGCAAAGUUUUCCUUAUUUUGUAAGUUGUGCACACAUUUUACGUAGUUUAAUUUGUAAGGUUUAGGUACAUAAAUAAAUUGUUGUAAAUAUUUAGAGCUGCAACGUAAUCUACAAAAGCAAAAAACAAAAAUUGAUAUAAAGGAAAUCCAAGAACUAGCGACGUUGUAAUAUCUGCAAACCCCUUUUUCAGAAUUUGAUUUGAUGACUUUCAAAAUGGGCAAAAGAAAAAAAAAGGCACACGAACUAAUUUUAUAUAUUUUUCAAUGGACUGUGAUUGUACUAUGUUUUUUGUUUUAAUCUUGCACAUAAAUUUCACGUUGGGAACAAACCCGCAGAAAAAACUAUGAAGACGAAAAUCAGAAGACAGAGAAUACAAAAAAAAAAAAAUAUAAAAAAUAUAAAUGGUGGGGUUUGUUAUUAACAUUAA